CUGUUGCCUACUUUUAUCUUUCUGUCCUGGUGAGUGAAAUCUGCGUCUGUCUUGCAAAGCGAGCUGAGGAUCUGAUAGCAAAACAUCACCGUCUCAUCUAACGUAACCACAGGGGCAGCAGAGGAUGCUCUGAACGUGACGGAAAGAACCAACCAAUAGUUCGUUUGAAGAUAAGGUUCAAACUGCUUUUCUCUGCUUUUGACAAUGUUGCCCAGGCGUCAUUUAAAUGCAAAUAAGUGUCCUACUCUAGAGUGGAAAUACUGGAGUUAAGAGAACUUGUUUCACUCGUCCUGACCUGCAUCUGGAGGACACAACUAUGAAUAAUCAAUCGAUGACAGGAAGGACCAUGGUCCCAACUAUUCCGUCUAUUAUGUUCAUUUUCGGGGUGGUUGGAAAUGUCAUCGCCAUCGUGGUUUUGUGUAAAUCUCGAAAAGAACAGAAAGAAACCACGUUUUACACUCUGGUGUGUGGACUGGCAGUCACAGACCUCCUGGGCACACUGCUGGCCAGUCCGGUAACCAUCGCCACCUACGUGAAGGGAUCGUGGCCCGGAGAGGACCCGCUGUGCCAGUACUUUGGAUUCACCAUGCUUUUCUUCUCUCUGGCGGGGCUCAGCAUCAUAUGUGCCAUGUCGGUAGAGAGAUACAUCGCUAUAAACCAUGCCUACUUCUACAAUGACUAUGUGGACCAAAAACUGGCGGGCUUGACUCUCCUGGCGAUCUACAUCUCCAACGCGUUUUUCUGCGCACUGCCGAUUAUGGGCUUCGGGCAGGUGAAGAAGCAGUACCCACAAACUUGGUGCUUUUUAGAGUGGAGGAGCAACAAGACCAGCGAUGCCGCCUAUACCUACAUGUAUGCGGGUUUCAGUUCUCUUCUUAUUCUCGCCACUGUCAUCUGUAACGUGUUGGUGUGCGUUGCUUUGAUCCGGAUGCACCGGCGCUUCGUGCGCAGGAUGUCGCUGGGAACCGAUCUCGGGCGCAACGUGGACCCGCGGAGGAGAGGACGCAGCUUUGGGCGUCUGGCCGGUGCAGAGAUUCAGAUGGUUAUUCUGCUCAUAGGCACGUCGGCAGUGGUGCUUAUCUGUUCCAUCCCACUUGUUGCACAGGUAUUUUUGAACCAACUCUACAAGACUCCAGUGGAGCUGCGGUUGGACAGAAACCCUGAUCUAAGAUCGAUACGUUUCGCCUCCUUCAACCCCAUUCUUGACCCCUGGAUCUACAUCCUGCUCCGCAAGGCUGUUCUCCUCAAGCUCAUUGAGAAAAUCAAAUGCCUAUUUUGCAAGAUGGGAGCGAGGGGGCAACAGAGACAGAGCAGCUUUCACUGCAUAGAUGCUCAUCAACUCUCAUCUGUCAUCUCUAACCGGGACUCUAACUCCUUGGUGUCCCAUGACCUUCGAGAUAUCACCAGCACCUCCCAGACCUUCCUUUACCUGCCAGAGGGAAGUGAAGUGUACACUGGAAGCUGUUACAAGGCAAACAGACUCUGUGGUUCACAGCCUUCAUUGAUCAGAGACUCACAAGCUUCUUAUUCGUCUGAGCAGGGCAGCAUUGAGGCUCAGAGCAGAGAGGGGACAGAUGUGAUCAGGGACCUUUCAGCCUUGCCCUGUCCAAAAGACCCAGCACUUCAGGUGUCGUUGAGCACUGAGACAGUGGAGGAGAAAUGCAUCUGACUUAUCUGUGAAAUUCUCAACUAGCAGAAAUCCUCUACUGAAUGACUUUUCCGCAAAUUAACUUUUAAACCUCUAAAAAAAAAAAACUGAGGAAAGGCACAUAAAAAUAAUAAAUGACUCCCCUUGUGAAGUCAGGCACAUGCAGAAAAGAAACUUGAAGUGCUGUGAGCUUUAUCGUCCUGUGUUAUCUGUUUCAGCACCCAGCUACCUCAGUGAUGACUAUCUCUGACCGUGUGAGUAGAUUUUGUCAUUUUGGCCAAAACAGAUCUUGUCAGAACAGAGAUUACCCACUUCCUCAUGACUCAUGUGUCAGUGAUGGAAAAGACAUCCUUCCUAGUUUCAGCUGCUUCUUUCAAUCAUUGUGGAAACCUUUGCUGUAAAGUAGAUUAGGCCAGAAAUUUAGAAUAACUGAGUCACACGCUUGUGGUCAAUGUGGUAAAUGAAAACAGUAUUGAGUGUGAUCCUUAUGAGUGAUCACAUGUGUGCUGUCAUUGUUUCGGAUCAAUUUGAUAAACAGGCUCUAUUGUACAGUGCUUUGAAGGACAUAUUGUGUUCGUUCCAUGACGGAUGUACAGUGCAGUAUUACAUUUGUGGUGAACACCAAUGUUUUUGUUCCUCAGCCCUGGAAUACACACAAAUAUGUCAUCUCAGAUGUUACAGUGAAGGUACAAAGAUUCCUGUGCCAUAGUUAUUAACACCAAACCAUUUACACGUGACUGAGAAUGUUGAACAUUUUUUCUGCAGCUGAAGAAAGUGUGGUGAAAAGUCAGUGGACUGUUUUGUUUGUUUGUUUGUUUGUUUUGCUUAGUGCGGAGUAUUAAGAUAUUUCAACACAUCUGUCAGCUUGAGAGAAAUGGUAUUCUAAAUGAUCAGUGUUGUGAAAAAUAUUGUUUGUAAUAAAAUCAUUCUUCUCUAGGAGAAGGUUCUAGUUAAUAAAUCACAACU